UUCUGCAUUAAUAUUUGUAAUAGUCUUAAAAAAAGUAAUCAUAGGUUUGAUGAAAAAUUUUGUCCCAUCAAUGUCACUUUUACAUUAUUUCAAUCACAUGGAAUUAUAUUGCAUGGGAAGCAGCUGACGACAGAGUAGUAUGCAAGGUAAUUGUCCAGUCAUUUAUUUGGUAGGUUACCAUGGUUUUAAGGACGGAAGGUGUAGGUGACAAUGUUAAUUGCGGAGUUUCCUAAUACAAGCCUUUUAGUUCGCCGACAAUGCAUCUUUUCAGUUAAACCUUCCACUCAAUAUCUCCAUUCUUCUCCAUAUAUGAUAGCAUGUACUUCAUUCAUCUCUAUACAUGAUGGAUCUUCUUCUCUGAGCCUGCUUUCUCCGUACCUGUUUCAGUUUCAAGCCUCCAUCUGUUAGAGCCACCCAAAAGGGGAAUAAAAAUUGAACCCUCCAUCUGUUUCCAAAUUAUGGUUCAAUCAAAGAAGUUUAGAGGUGUCAGGCAGCGACACUGGGGCUCAUGGGUAUCUGAAAUUCGCCACCCUUUACUAAAGAGAAGAGUUUGGCUCGGUACAUUUGAAACAGCUGAAGAGGCAGCCCGAGCUUAUGAUCAAGCAGCCAUCUUAAUGAGUGGCAGGAAUGCAAAAACCAACUUCCCAAUAUCACAAACACCAAGUGGAGACCCGAAAGGCACUGAAAAUCCCCAUUCAUCACCACCAAAUGAGCUAUCUGAAGUCCUUCAUGCCAAGCUUAGAAAAUGUAGCAAGGCACCUUCUCCUUCCAUGACUUGCCUGAGGCUUGACACUGAGAAUUCUCAUAUAGGGGUGUGGCAAAAGCGGGCAGGCCAGAGCUCAGAUUCCAAUUGGGUGAUGACUGUCCAGUUUGGAAAAGAAAAUACUGAAGUUUCUGCAAAUACAUUGCCUUCCAAGACCCCAGGGUUAGCAGAACCUGAAAUGAGAGGGGAAAUGGAUGAAGAGGAGAGAAUUGCAUUACAAAUGAUAGAGGAGCUGCUUCACAGGAACUGUUCUUCAUUUGCUGCGGCUGAAGGGGAGGGUAACAUGUUCCUGUAGUCUCUAAUUAAUUUUCUUGUGCCGUGUAUUUGGUUUGGUUUGAUUUGAAAUGUCAAUGUGUUGUAUAGGAUUGAAUAUAUCAUGUCAUUCAUUGGCGAAUAUAUGUACCUGUGCGCAGAAAGGGGGAAGGAUACCAUGUUUAAGAAUUUGAAGUCUGUGAUAUAUCAUAGUUAUAUAUAGUUACAGAGAUAUAUAAAAGGCGUGUUUGUUUACAAGCAAAUGUUAUUUGUGAGAAAGAUAAAUAAUUGAAUCAUUUGAUUGCAAUUUCUCAUCUGAAUUUUGCCUUGUAGUUAUAUAAAUUUUGGAUGUUUCAAUUUCUUCUUUUUAAGCAACAACUUAGUCAGAUUCAUCAUUGCAUCUGCCCGAGGAAGAUGAAUCAAGGAAAUGGGAU